GCCUGCUACCCACCCGCCACUGCAGUGCGAUGCUGCGUCUGCUCACAACUGCCGAGAGUCCGGCGCACUACUGAUGGAGGGGGUGAAGUUGUGAGCCGGCGAGAAGGGGAGAUAACCUAAAAACCAUGGCGGAGGCUAAUCCUUUUAGGGGACUGCCCCGCUUGCGGAGGGCCGCGUGGUGAAACUAACCUUAAGCUGACUACCCCAAGACUGACUGAGUGAGAUGGAAAGCAGACAAGCUUGGUGUCAGCUGGCGUGUUUCAUUGAUCAACUGUCGUGCAGGCAGAUUGACAUUGACUAAACCUGAUUGCAUUUAGAUGUCCUUCCCAGGGAAUCUCCACCUGGUUUUGGUUUUGCGGCCCACCAGUCUUCUCCAGAGUCCAUCAGGCACAGGCACUGACUUGGGCUUUCGCUUCAGCCAGGAUGACUUCAUGCUCAAGAUGCCUGUGGUAAUGCUGAGCUCAGUUACAGACCUGCUUCGCUACAUUGAUGAGAACCAGCUGACCUCGGAGUUUGGCGGAACUCUGGAGUACUGCCACAGUGACUGGAUUGUCCUCCGUACGGCCAUCGAGAGCUUUGCCGUGACUGUGAAAGAGAUAGCCCAGAUGCUGCAGGCGUUCGGCACGGAACUGGCCGAAACAGAGUUGCCAGACGAAGCCGACGCCAUCGAGUUCCUCCUCAGAUCCCACACCGACAAAUACAGGCAGCUAAAAGAGGACAUCAGGUCGGUGAUGAGGCAGGGCCGUCACCUGUUAUCCAACCUGGAGGCUGCCAAGGCAGCUAAAGCUGAUGGUCAGGAAGACAGGGACAUCAAGCAGGACUGGGACACGGUUCAGAGACUUCUGACCCAACUACGGGACAUGGAAAUGGCUUUUGACGGCUUUUUCGAAAAACACCACCUGAAGCUGCAGCAGUAUCUUCAACUGAUGAGAUACGAGAUGAGCUUUCACGAGAUGCAGGAGACCCUGGACCAGCUGUCUGCUCAGGAAAAGGAGAUCGCUGCAGUGGGAGGGACCGUGGUCCACACAGAACAGCUACUGGAAAAACUGGAGUCACUGGACACCCGCGCACAGGAGGAGAUGGCCCGUGCCCAGAUUGUAAUACUGCGUGGCCACCAGCUAGCCGCCGGCCACCACUACGCCCUAGCCCUGAUUGUCCAGCGCUGCAACGAGCUUCGGCACCACUGUGACGUGCUAACCACCGCCAUCCGAGCCAAACAGGCCGGCCUCACCCGCGUGCGCGACCUGCUGCUUCGUUUGGAGGAGGCUACGCGCUGGUGCGACGAGGGGGCAUACCUACUAGCCAAUCAGCUAGUGGAUAAGUUCCAGUCCAAAGAGGGAGCUCAGGCGGCGUUGGAGGAUAUCGAAAGGCUGCAGGAGCAGGCGCCGUCAUGCCUCAGGCAAAGCCCUGACGUCCUCAGUCUUGAGUUCGUGGCCAUCCUGACCCCUCAGCUACAGUCUCAGAUUGGGGUGGCCACGGAGAAGCUGUCUCUCAUGCAGGGAAUGAUCCACAACAGAAAGGCGUGUCUGAGGAAGCUGGCUGACAUUCAGGUGCGGCCCAUCCAACUGGUGGCCCCUCGGCCUGAGCCCUCCCCCCGAUGCAAAUCCCCUCUCUUCUCCCCCAAACACAGUGUAGAUUUCAACUCAGUUCUCAACUCAAGGUUUUCUUUCGACCUCUUACCUGGCAAGAGGGCAGCUCGGAAAAGCCCAAGAAAGAUCGAGGUGAUGCAUGACUAUGAGGAAAACCGCAACUGUCUUUCCUACAGCCAGGAGGGGGAGGAGAGCCCAGACCAGCUGAAACGACACAUAAUGAAAGAGCUUAUUGAGACAGAGAGGAUCUAUGUAGAGGAGCUUCUGUCCGUCUUGCUGGGUUAUAGAGCAGAGAUGGACAACCCUGCUCUUUCUGACCUUCUGCCACCUGUGCUACGCAACAAGAAGGAGGUCCUCUUUGGGAAUAUGCCUGAGAUCUACAAAUUCCACAGCAGGACAUUCCUCCAGGACUUGGAGGGGUGCCUGGAAACUGCUGAGAGAGUUGGAGCCUGCUUUCUAAAACGGAAGGAACAUUUUCAGGUGUAUGAACGCUACUGUAACAACAAGCCACAAUCCGAGUUGCUCUGGAGACAGUGCUCUGCUUCAGCUUUCUUCCAGGAGUGUCAGAAGAAGCUUGAGCACAAACUGGGGCUGGACUCGUACCUGUUAAAGCCAGUCCAGAGGUUGACUAAGUACCAACUGUUGCUAAAGGAACUAUUGAAGCACAGUGCAGACAGUGAGUACAUCUCUGAGCUGCAGGGGGCCCUAGAGGCCAUGCUGGACCUCCUCAAGUCUGUCAACGACUCCAUGCACCAGAUCGCCAUCACUGGUUAUGAGGGGGAGCUGAGUGAGCUGGGUCGGGUUCUGAUGCAGGGCUCCUUCACUGUGUGGAUCAGCCAUAAGAGGGGCUCCACCAGGAUGAAGGACCUGGCCCGCUUCAAGCCCAUGCAGAGGCACCUCUUCCUGCAUGAGCACGCUCUUCUCUUCUGCAAGCGCCGCGAGGAGCACGGCGAAGGUCACGACCGUACUCCCUCUUACAGCUUCAAACACUGCCUGAGGAUGAGUGCCGUCGGGAUUACGGAGAAUGUGAAAGGAGACGUGAAAAAGUUUGAGCUCUGGUACAGCGGAAGGGAGGAGGUUUAUGUUGUUCAGGCCCCUACGUUCCAGAUCAAGAUUGCCUGGCUGAAAGAGAUCCGGAAAAUCCUCACUAACCAGCAGAGGCUCCUCCAAGAAGACAUUCCCUCUACUCAACUCUCGGACCAGACCCCUCCAUAUCCUCCCUCUGCUGACAGUCUGGCAUGCCGUGUGUCGGUGUGCAUGCCGUGGACGGCCGGGCCGAUCGCCGGCUGCUCAGGUUGUUUUGAUGUCCUUCCUCACAGCACACCGUUGGGGUCCCUCAGCACGGAGGAGGCAGAGUCGUCGGAGCGCACCAGCCCAGUCCUCACGGACCCCGUGGUCCUAUCCCCCCAGUCCCAGCACUACAACAGACGCAGUUGGCCCGGCACCUCCCACUCAGUGGAUGUCUGUGAAGGUCUGGAGGACUGGAGUACAACUGAUAUUUCCAACCUGUCAGACUCUGACGAAGAUGAUGACCCCACUCCACUGGUUCCUGGGAGGUACAGGGCCCUAGUGGACAGUCCUGUGUGUGGUUUCCAUGACCUCAUCAUUAAGUCUGGUGAUGUCAUCCAGCUACUUCGUCAGGACACUGUGGGGAAGUGGCUUGUUAGGAAUGUCAGUCGUUGUGAUGAGGGUCUGGUUUUAGCCGAUAAUCUGCACAGGAUUCUGGGAGAGAGUGGGCCAGCUCACUUGAGCAGAAUGGGAGGAAAUGAGAAAACCAGGAAGCUCAGUUCUCUCUGAGCAAACCUUGUGCCAUCUGUCCUCCGUCUGAAGGCACAGACUCAUAUCAUCACAUAUCAUCACAACUGCAGUCAUCCUGCUAUCAUUCCCCUUCCGAGGUCAUCUCUUCUCUAGUUUCCGGGGACCUUGAACAUGCUGCCAGAAACCAUUCAGUCAUCAAUCAAACCAGAUCUGAGAGGUCAAUUGAAUCUUACCAUCCAUCUCCAGCAGUGUAAUACCAUUGGAAUAAUGUAAACCAUAUUAAUACCAAUGUGGGUAAACCACAAGGACGUCUUUCUUGAAUUUUGUUCAGAAGGUGCAAAUUUCACCAUGCCGUGGUAGAGCUAAUGCCAUGGCAAUGUCAAAUGAUGCAGACAACCUCAAGCACAAGUAACAGACUGGAUUAACUUUUCAACCCGUGCCACAUCACCACAUCACCUCAAAGAACUGCAAAUCAUCACACAUGAAGUCUUAAUUUUCCUGUGGAUAAGGUGCAUGUACUGUUUCUGGACCACUAUGAAUAUUUACGUAGAUAUUUACUUCCAGUGAAAGUGAAUCAAUCUCAACUUUUUAUAAUUUGUGAAUUGCCAUCAAGAUCAUUGAGGAAUCAGAUCAGAUCAGAUUUUUACAUAUCUUCUAAACCAUAUUAUGUGCCAAAACAUGCUUCUGUACAGUUUACUUGUUCCCUUUAUUUGUAAACAACCUCAUUUUGUACCGCUCCCAUUGUCCCCAAAUAUUAUGAAAAAAACGACAUUUCAGUGUGAAAACUAACAGUAAUUUUUGAACUUCUAUGCUCACUAUUCUGCAUGAAUAACAGGUUGUUGUAAAUAGCCAGUUCCCUGUUGAACAUUGCAAAAUGCUUCUUUUUUAUGUUCACUACACCUUUCUGCUAGAAGGGGGAGAAGUGUCAGUGACAGUUGGUAUUGUCGAGGAUCCUGAAGCGCUUUUGCUAAGUGUGUUGAAUGGAUGGACUUACAUGUAAAUGAUGCACCUUAAACAGAUGUUGGGGAUUCAUGUAAAUGUACAGAGAAAUGUAUGUGCAUAUAUGAUAUGGAUGGAAAUUAUUUUACCAAAUAGAAGCACAAGAGAAUCUAAACAGAGUCUUUACUGUUCAUGUAUAUUGUUUUGGCCAAUAUUGCAAAUGUUGACUGAUACCACAUUACAAUGUGUGGGCCAAUCCCACGUGCUUGCAACCAUGUCUGAAUAGUUCAAAUGAGUUUAAGAAGACAUUCAGAAAUAAUUCCCAGAUCUUGUUUAAUAAAACGACAAAAGAAUAUUAUCAGCUCAAUUACACGUGAACACAACUGUAUUUGGCCCAAACAAGAAGUAACAAACAGCAGGGGUUUCAGACAUGGCUUCUCAAACUUAAGCCUCUGAGUUGGGACUGAAGCUUCCAAGCCCAGUAAUGUUGGAGAUCCACCGGUAGUAGCGGGACACGAGGGUGUAGACUCCAUACUUCCCCUCCUUGGCGCACUCGUCGCCCCAGCUCACAAUGCCUGUCAAGAACCAGGUGUCUCUGAACCGGGUGGCAUGGGGACCGCCGCUGUCCCCCUGGCAUGAAUCCAUUUCCCCAUUGCGGUAACCGGCGCAGAACAUGAAAUGGGAGACCCUUUCCACGCUGCUGCCCAUGCAUUCGGUCCGGUCUACGUAGGGCACCUCCACCUUCUGCAGUGUGGAGGAUUCCAUGCCCAGGUAGCGCGUCUUUCCCCAGCCGCUAACCAGCGAGUUGGAGGCGUCCUUCAGCAAUGAAUCCGUGAAGUCUUUGGGCCCCAGGCAAAUGGGGAUGAUGUAGUCUGAGAAAAGUGCAGGCUUCUGGAGCUUCAGCAGGGCGAUGUCGUGGUUGUACAGGCUUUUUGUGGCAUCAUACCGCGGGUGCAUGUGAUGCUCAACCACUGCAUGGUCCUGCUCUGUCCCCUCA